AUGUAUCAAUCACGAAAAUUCUCCCAACAAAAAAUUAAAGACGCUGAUGAGAAGUAUCUGAAUGAUUUUUCGAAUGGAAGCACAUCUUCGAAAGAAUCAAAUAUUUCAGUGAACGUUUGGAAACUAGUUUCAAAGGUAAAGCUAGUUGAAAAACAAACUGAGACGAUGAAGAUGGCUGCAGAUGUUGAGAUAAAUUUUCUAGAUAAUCAGAUUUCUGAAUUGUCAAAACAUUCUGAUUUUCCGUCAUCUACCCUAGUUGCCAUUAUUGAUCAAUUGCAAUCAUCUUCCUCUGAAAAUGGCGAAAGUAUGCUUAAUAAUCAAGUGAUGGAGGAGCACUUACCCUUGAAUUCUAAUGUUGAGGGGGAGCAUUCUUUUGCGGGGGAGAAUAGAAGAAUUGAUGAUAAUGUCGAGGGGGAGCAACACGAUAAUGAAACUGUCGAGGGGGAACAAAACAUGUCGACUAACAAUCACGAUGAAAUUUGUCAUGAUCUAUAUGAUAAUGUUUCUGUUACAGUUUCUGAAAAUGACGAAUUGUUAGAAGAUGCUUCUUUAGAUUUUGAUCUAGCAUAUCCUCCAAUGGACAAACGGUUGUUUGUUGCAUAUUACCAUGAUGAGUCUUAUUGGUUCAUGUUUGCAGUUCUAGGGUCAGGAGUUUUAUUGGCCAAACCAGAUGAAGGUUCUUCAAAGAAAUAUCACAGAUCUAAGAAGGGUGAUAAGUCUACAGCUGAGCAAACUGUAAAUGAGCCUGUUGUCAAGAAAUCUUCAAAGAAACAACCUGAGGUGAUGGUGCAAGUUUCGAAAGAUGUUACAAAGGCUUUUGAAACUAAAGUUGUUGAACCAGUUAUCGAAAUUGUUCCUUCGAAAUCUAGUGUCCUCAAAAGACUGAAGAUGAAAGCUCGUGGUUCACGAAAGUCUCUAGAACGAUUUUUGAGUUUUUCUCCAUCUGUCACAUGCAAGCCUCAUGUCACUCGAAAAGGGGUUAUCAUUCGAGAAGUUCAAGCCCCAGUUUCUCCUUCAUCAAAGAAAAGAAUAGCUACAGAUAUGGCCAAGAAAAUUUCAAUGAAAAUCAAAAGGCGAAAGUUGGUUCUUCAAAAGACUUCGGUUAUACCACCCGAGGUUUCGUUAACCAAGUCAUCUCAUGAAGAGGUUCGAAUCUCAGACAUUAUUACACACGUAUCUGAUACGGAUGUAAAUGUCACUAUGGGUGAAGGUGAUUCGACUAAACAACCUCCCAUGAUAACUCAAGGUAUUAUUGAAACUUCUAGUGUCAAUACCCUUGUUUCCGUACCACCAUUUAUCAUUCCUACAAUUCCAGUCUCAUCUUCACCAACUUUUGAUCAUAUUAUCAAUCAACCCAUCACUUCAUUAUUCUCUUCACAAUCUACUGAUCCACUCAAAUCUGUUGGUGAUACCGAAACUGAUGAUGGAGGUUUUGGAGGUACUUUUGAUGAUCUUGAAUUUGAUCCAGAAGAAGAAGACACCCCAAAUCACAUGUUAAUGUUCGGGAAGCAUGUAACAGCCGGAUUUUAUCAGCAAUUCAAGAUUCUAAACAAGAAGCUUAACUCUAUUCUUCAAUCUCAAGCUGAUGUAGGGGGUAGGAAUUUUGUGUCUAGUAUUGAAGUGGAUGUGAUGUUGAAAGCACAAGAAGCUAGAUUGCUUAACAAUUUCACUGGCUUGUUUCAAGACUCUGAAUCUCGAAUUCAUGAGAAGGUGGAUUUUAAUGAUAAAAAUAAUGAGUUAAGAGUAAAGUCACAGUCUUCAACUUUUAAUGAGGAACUCAAAGAUCUUAAACAUGUUUCCAAACAACGUCAUGUGUUAUUUGUACAAGAUGUUAAAAAGGUUCGUGAAGACGUGAAUCUUAAAAUUCAAGAAGUUUGUGAAGAUAUGUCCAAAGAGAUCGCUAUUGUGCAGCGUGACUAUGCAUCUCUCAAUCAGAAUAUGGAUAUCAUUGCAGAAGCGGUGACAAAUUUUGUCAAGUUAUAUGAAGCUUUGUGUCCUCACAUUGCUCAAAUGGCUACUCAUGAAGUGAAAAGCUUAAAUGAAAUUACAACUUUGUUGAAUGACUUAAAAGCUUUAAUCUCGAAGCCUGGAUCAUCUCCUCUUACCAAACCAGAAUUUUUAUCACAAAAAUUCCUUUUGUUUGAAUAA